AUCGAAUAAAAUAUUUAAUUUGCGUUAAUCUGGGAUCAUGUUUUCAGCCCAGGCCGCUUAGGUCUCGGAAGCGGAGCAGGCUAGGGAUGGCGGCAAUGCCGGCGGCAGCCGGAAGCCACCGGAGCCCUCCGUCGAAAGCCGCCGAGAGAUCCCUUCCGGUUGCAAACGUCGGGCGGAUAAUGAAGAAGGCCCUCCCUCCCAAUGCAAAGAUCGGCAAGGACACAAAAGACGUUGUCCGGGAAUGCGCCUCCGAGUUCCUCUGCUUCAUCACCAGCAAAGCAAGUGAAAAAUGCCAAAUGGAGAAAAGGAAGACAAUCACCGGAGAGGAUUUGAUAUGGGCAAUGGACAUCUUAGGAUUUGAUGACUACGUUGACCCACUCAAAGCCUAUUUGACCAAAUACAGAGAGGUAAACUCAUCUUAUUGCUCUUAUCAGGCUAAAUUUCUUUUAUGAUAGAAUCUCAAGUCUUAAUCUUUUUUUUUUAAAAAAAAAAACAUGUUUGGCAUUAUUUUGCGGCAGUCUAGGGAAGCUAGACUGAGAUGAUUUCGACAGGGAUAAAAUCUGCGUACACACUCUGUGGGAUUUUUAAUUACUCGUCUGUUUUUGUUCAUAAUAGCCUAACUCACUCCUUGAUAUAAUGUGUGUGCAUGUUACUUGUGGCUGGUGCCCUUUGAUCAACCCAAUGCAUAGUUUGAGGGAGAUAGCAAGGGAUCUAAUUAAUAGAGGAUGAUUGGAAAAACAUAAAAUAUGAAGUUCAGUACCCGGAAAGAAAUACAAUAUCUGACCGACUGCACCACCUUAGCUUGGAACAACAGCAUUUGGGUGUUUU